CAUUGGUUUGAGUGUCGGUCCUGUUAAAAUCCGUUAUCGGGCAAGUGUGUUCGAAAAAUAUUCAUGGGGUAGACAGGAAGUGAAUAGUCGAAGAGAGUUUUUAGCAACGAGAGCCAUCUUGACGAGCAUCGGCUUGCUCGUGAUAGACAGAGGACGGGUCUGCGGUGGCGACCACGGUGGCGGCAGCGAUGGCAUCGUUUCUAAAUAUUUCUGUAAUUUCCGAACGGUCGUGUGAUCCGCAGUUAGAAUAGUCACUUUUAUCGUUAACGAUCUCUCACGGGGCGAACCGGCUACAAUUUCAAGAUCGAAUUAUCCGUAAUGUAUGCAAAGUUCCUUAAGCUAAACAAUAAAAGUUAAUUUCGCUUCUUAGAAAGAAACAUUGCGGAUAGAGACCCGAAUACUGUAUUGAACAAAAUGGAGGGAGGCGAUGGCCCUUCAGCCAUCAGUAGCAAUCCUACUGCUAUUAAAGCUGCGCAAGAAGAAAUGGGAAGAUUAGAUGUUCUUGUGUGUGGACAGUGCCAUUCAGUCUUUCAUUUUAUCGAGGAAUUUCAAGAGCAUCGUACAAAGGAAGGAGCUUGUUCUCAAGUAUCACAUUUUCGUGAAAAUAGUAAUAAUGAACAAAAAGCACAAGUAUGGGCAUUUCUUUUGUGGAAAGAUUCUCAAAUUCAGCAAGAUGGUGCCGAUAAAGAUUCCACGAACUCGUGGAAGCUCUAUCAAAAAUGGUGCAAAAUGGAUACGCACAUAAGAGAUUCUUGGAUCGCGGCAGGAAAAACGAUUCAAACGUUUACAAAAAUCAGUAAUGCAAAAAUGCAGGAUGUACCGAGACAAAAUCAAAUGAGUUCCAAUGCCGAAGGAAGGCCGAUAGUUGUUCGUAAAGUUAUUAGAAAUGGACAACCGGAAGAAGCCGAUAGUAAAAGAGAUGCUAAAGGUCUGGAAACAAAGAAUCAAAAGAGCAACGAAUCAUUCGACACAGAAGCGGAAAAGAAAGUAAAGCCAAAGUUGAAACCCUCUAUAAAACCCAAGGGUAAAUCUAGCAAAGCUGGCGACGAAAAUAGGGAUUCAAGUGACGAGGAGUAUACGGUAGAAAAGAUCUUGGCAAAACGUUUUAAUCCAAAAAAGAGGUGUUCGGAAUAUCUAUUAAAAUGGGAAGGAUAUGGACACGAACAUAAUACGUGGGAGCCAGCUGAACACGUUGCUACGUGUAAACAUUUAUUGGAAGAAUUCGAAAGAAAUCUUGCUAAGCAAAAGGAACUAAAAGCGGCCCAACAGCAGGCUAACGCAAAAGUAGCAGGGCGGGGCAGUCAUCUCGCACAAAAGACUGUUAUAAAAGCAGAAGCAAAACCUGGACCAAGUACUGCGGCUCAAGUAGGGCGACCGAUGCGCUCAAGUAAAUCAAAAGCUAUGGACCAAGUGAAGCAGUGGUGCGGUUCAAUGAAAGACGAAGACAAUGACUUAUUAGGGAAGAGGAGAAUGGACUAUUCCGAGAGCGAUUCCGAGGACGGUGGCAGCAGUGCUGCGAAACGAGUAAAAGGUGACACGGGUAGCGACGAAGAUUGGACUGGAGAAUCUGAGGAGGAGCGACUAUUGGGUCGAAGCGAUGUGAUUCAGCGAGCAUUUAAUCGUGCAAAUGCGCAAUCGAACGGUUCCAACAGAGCGAGUGGUUCAUCUUCGGAUCUCGCUACUUCCUUGGGACUUCAAUCUCCCGAAGGAGCAAAAUCCAACCAACCACCAGUUUUGGUAGCAAAUGCCAAAGGGGUUGUUAAAGUCGAUCCGAAGCAAAUGCCAAACCUAACGUCUGGCGUAUACGUGAUGUCGCGUAAAGAUGGCAUCAUCAAGUUGGACUCUUCUCCUAGCGGAAAAUUAUCCGUCAAGAGUUCCCCGACCGCUCAAGGUGUCCUAAUGGUUCAAAAUCGGGACAACGCCAACGUGGUGAGAAAGCAAGUAAUAUCAGCGACACAGUCGAAUUCCGUUACGCCCUUAAAAGUGGUCUCCAAAAUGGAUGGAAGUCAAGUGGUGACCCAGAUGAAAGUGGUCACCAAACCUGUGGCGGGUAAACCGGGAGGUACGCAGAAAACAGAGCCUAUAAAAAUCCAGCCAAAACCAGAUCCGAAUCAGUUACCUCAGAUACACGUCGUGACUGCGGUGCCGACACCCAUCGCUCUACAACCAAGAAUAAGUACAGGAAUACGUCCUGGACCUGUUACAGGCCAACGUACUCCAGAUAGUCGUCCACUGUUACCCAGACCUCCUCUGCGCGCGACGACACCAACCAGCGUGCUGGGUAUGGGGUCCACGAUUCGCACACCAGUCAGAGCGCCAACCCCUCGACAAAUGCAGUCCCAGCAAGCCCGUCAGGUGUUGCAAAAACGCACGACAGCUGUCACAACGCAAAGUAACUCGGUGAGUCCUGGAAACGUCACUCAGAUCAGACCAAAAUUCACGGUUCUCAGUUCACAGCCAAAGCAAGUGGUAAAAACUGGAACUAGUCCAGUACAGCAGGCGAAACAGUCGCCGAAAGCACAAAUUGGUAAACCACAGUCGUUGUUGUCUCCGCAGCAAAAGCUCUUGAUGGCGAAACGGAAAACUCAGGAAGGAGUGGGUAUCGUCAAACCUGGUGGCCGUGGGCUCUUGGCAGGUGCUCGAACUACUGUUGCCCGUGGUAGGGGGAAACUGGUCGAGACACCUGCGGCAUCUACAGGAAACAAGCCUAAGGAGAGUAAACUGGCGGAGGGUGACGGACUACACAUGGAAUUCCACGAGGUGGGCUCCGAGGAGAGUAGCAGCGAUGGUGAGCCUGAACUCCCGCCUCCAGAAACAGAUACCAUAGCCACAGCGGAACCGGACAGUCCACCACGGCCAUUCACGUUGUGUCCACUGACGGGACGCAUCAUUGGCCCGGAUGGCGAGCCUGUCGAACAGCCAGCGGAGCCUGAACCGGAACCCGAACCCACGACACCAUUGUCCACUGUGAAGACAUCCACAACCACGUCCGAGAGCAUAGAUGUAGCUGCUACAACUACCGCUACGGAAUUGGUUCUACCUUCUCUGGAUUCCCUCACGGAGGCUGGGGGAAUCAUGAGAGUCGAGAUGAGUCCUGGUGGAACGACGGGCACAAUCGUCCAGACCACUGAGCCGGCGCAAAUGAAUUUGUCGAACGUCAACGUUCCUGCUCCAGAUCUACCAUGUUUGGAUGAUACUGCUCCAACCGUAGCUGCGCCAGUUACAACUGCGACGACACCCUUAACAGAACCGACGACAUCGAGUGAAGUUUCUAUUGCGGCGGGAUUGUCUACAGCCACUGUUACUUCUACCAAUACGAUAGCGAUCGCAUCGUCAGACGUGACCAAGAGUGAUGAAAAGGUGGUGGUACCCGAGGAAAGGAAGGUAUCCGAGGAUGCAUCAAACUUGGUGACGAUAACAGGCGAGGACGGUGUCGUUUACCAAGUGGCUGGGCAAGCAGAAGGUGGUCAAACUUUACUAGUGACGCAAGACGCAGAUGGCGAGCAACAAUGCGUGUACGUUACCACAGAACAGCAGGGUGACGAAGGGUCCGUGUUGACAUUGGACCAUGCCGUGGCGGAAGCUGUAGCGCAGCUAAUACCCGACCAAGUGAACCUGGCCUCGCAGUUUUACGUUAAGGAGAGUGGAACGGAACCAGCCGAGAACCCGAUGGUGAUGUCCAUCAUGGAUAACACAAGCACGACCGACGUGUCUGAAGGACAGGAAGAUGGAGACGGUCACGGACAAGUUGUUGCCCAGGUUGUGCAAGCAGAAGAACCCACUCCAGGUGGUACUAGAAGAGUAGUGUUACUCUUACCCGAUGGAAAUCUGAUGAUGACGGAAGUAACGGAGGAACAGUAUGCCGCGCUAGGACUCGGCAAGUGAAGAAACACUUAAAAUAACUACACACACGGAAAAAAUAAAAACGAUGAUGCAUCGAACUAUACACUUUACAUGGAAGUUGUACGCUUAAGGGUGACCGUGGGUUGUAUAUAUGUAAGAACGUUCACUUCGUACAAUUGCAAUGGAAAAACAAAAAUACCGACAUUUUCUAGCUAAGAGAAAACAGUCGCAAAACGUGAAAAGUAAAGCAUAGCUGGUGUAUUAUAAACAAACAAAAAAAGUAACACAAAAGCAAACAUAUGAAGAGGAAGAACCACAGAUACAGAAAUCUAGAGUUUAGAUUACAAUAAAUGACUACGUUUUAAAAAUUCAUGUCUCAGUGUAAAACAAUCCGAUGGAAUUUUGAAUUUUGAUUUUUAAUUUAUGAUACGAGAGAAAGAGGAAGGCAGAUUGCAUAGGGUUAAAGAAAAAAAAAAUUGAAGGAAAUAUCACAUCUUCGAUAACAAACACCAUUAUACAACGUUUGAAGUAAGCAUUGUAUUUGUAGGAUAGUGAAGUAUAAUCUGGGGUUUUAUAUUUUCCAAACGAUAAUAGGCUUUUAACGAAGACCUUUAUUCCCUGCAUACAAAGUCCAAGCUUUCGGCAUGAUUGGCAGAAGAUAUUGCACCAUAGAUGAGUCGCCAGACAAGCUAGAUAAUUAUCUGAACGAAUUAACGCUACAAAAUGAUGUAAAUAUCAAAUUAAAUACUUCCAUCGGGAGACAAAUUUUUACUCCUGAUGCUUAAACCUAGUUUGACUCUGUACUGAACAUUCUCACUGUAUGAUCGAUACGAGACAAUUACGUUUUUUCUUCACUUAGCUUAAAUUAACUUUUUUUAUUCCGAUAUACCUUUUCUAAACAAAAAGGCAAGAACAUGCUUUGCGUUUCGAUGGACUGUGUAUGCUUAUCUAUAGAUUAAAUAAGUGCACUGAUAUUGAAGAACACAUAAUUUUCAAUCUAUAAGGCUUUAAGCAAGAAAAGAACAAAUACAGUGUUGUUUAAUGGAACAUCACGCGCGUCUCAUUAUUAAGCCCAUUCCUUUUCAGCUAACUCGUUACACGAAGGACUAUUUCCGAUUUUAUGACGCUAUUCAGAAAAUUAAAAUCAUGGAAACAAGUAAAAAUAAAAGAACGCUUUUGCGCUGUAUGCUUCUAUCAAACAAUGUGUAUUUUUUUUUUGUAUACGUUAAGUAAACUUGUAAACAAUGGAAUAUCGUUAUACACCGUGUAGUAAAAGACGAAGAAUAUUCAUGCUCCGGUUAGGUAUACAUUCUGAACGAUUUUUCUCGCUUGUUUGUAUCGUUAGAUUACAUAAAGCGUAAUCUGUAAUGUCGUAUACGUGAAGCCAUACGAUGUUAAUGCGUGUUAAAAGGUAUGUAGAUUCGAUAACGAAAAAUGAUAAAACGGAAAAAUUGUUUAUAUUUACGAAACACGAAUCAUGAUAAAUAAUGUUAAUAAGUGUACCUUAUGCGAUUGUAUCGUAAUGUCGUGCAAAGGUGGUUUUGUUCGACAUUCAUAGGGUUAAACUAGAUGCAAGCGAUAAUUAUAGGCAGUCUGGACUCGCAAUAAAAAGAAGAUGAGAAGAACUGCACGAAACGGAAACAAUUAUACAUAUGUCUCAGUGUAAGAGGAAACUAUUUUGCACCGAUGUACGGCCAGGAAUAUAAAAUCCUAGUAUUUUACUAACGUAACCCUUUUGUACAUAGAACUUCAUUCUCUAAACCUUUAUAUAAAAAUUGUUUCCAAAUAAAUCAUAAUCUUAAAAUUAA